CUUGAUUAUUAGCAAAUGGAAGAACAAUUCAAAACAUUCAUUGUCCUGUCACACUAUUUGGAGACAUCACGAUUCCGCCAAUUCUGGGAUGAGGCAGCAAAGAAUCGCCACAUUCUUGAAAUAGUACCAGGUUUUGAGCAAGCAAUACAAGAUUAUGCAAUUCAUGUCCUUUCCCUGACUUACCAAAAGGUUCCCAGACCUGUACUUGCAGAGGCUAUCAACAUUGAAGGCCUCUCACUGGACAAGUUCCUGGAGCAUCAGGUCGCCAACUGUGGAUGGGCCCUUGAGAAAGGCCACAGCCGGGGCCAGGUUAUUGUCCUUCCUCGCAAUGAAUUCAACCAGCCAGAGCUCAUGAAAAACACUGCAGAUAGUAUCCCUCUAGAACACAUUACCCGAAUCUUCCCUAUUCUCGGUUGA